AUAUAAAGCAACCGGCGAGAGCGUGUGGACAGGGUACCGACGGGCAACUGUUAUAUAGAAUUUUACCGGUAAUAUCCCGUUUUUAGGACUGUUUUUAUUAUAGCGUACAUGUAUUUAUUUAUUGAAGAGUUAUUUAAGUAUUUAAUUUUCUAAAAGAUAUCCGUUUGCCGGUUGUUGCGAUUGCGUCAGACAUCUCAUCCACAGACUUUCACGUUUUGAGAAGGAAUUUGACUGUACGUAACAUGUUUCCCGAAGCAGCCGCUGGCUAUGAGGACUGCAGAGCCACAGCCGAUUGGCUCCUGGCUCAGACGUCACUGCGCCCCCUGGUAGGGAUAGUGUGUGGCUCAGGGCUGGGGGGCCUGGCAGAAAUGCUGAAGGAUCAGGUGGUCUUUAACUACAGGGAUAUCCCCAACUUCCCACAGAGCACUGUGAAUGGUCAUGCGGGGCGAUUGGUGUUCGGAACUCUGAAAGGAAAGCCUUGCAUCUGCAUGCAGGGAAGGUUUCACCUGUAUGAAGGAUACCCUGUCCAGAAGAUCACACUGCCCAUGCGGAUCUUCAAGCUCCUGGGUGUGGAGACGGUCAUCUUGACCAACGCGGCCGGCGGGCUGAACCAGGACUACAAGGUGGGAGACAUGAUGAUCAUCAAAGACCACAUCAACAUGCCCGGCUUCGCUGGGAACAACCCGCUGGCUGGACCCAAUGAUGAAAGGUUUGGGGUGCGGUUCCCCUGCAUGUCUGACGCAUAUGACCGGGAGCUGCAGCAGCUGGCCCAGGACGUGGGGGCGGAGCUUGGCUACAGCGACUUCCUGCGCGAGGGCGUGUACUGCGUCCUGGGCGGACCCUCCUUCGAAACCAUCGCCGAGUGCCGGAUGCUCCACAAACUAGGGGCCGACGCUGUUGGAAUGAGCACGGUGCACGAGGUGAUCGUGGCGCGGCACUCCGGGAUGCGCGUGUUCGCCCUGUCCCUGAUCACCAAUCAGGCAGUGAUGGACUACGACAGCGAGCAGAAGGCCAAUCACGCGGAGGUCCUGCAGACGGGCGAGCAGCGCGCCAAGCAGCUGGAGCGGCUGGUCUCCACCAUGGUGACCCGCGUCGAGCACGGCAGCAACUACGCCUGAUCCUGAUCCACAUCGGGGCCGGCCCGGCCCACGGCCCACGUUCCGCCCGCAGAGCGCCGCCCGGCCCCCCCCUGGCCCUGACGGAGCCGGCUGGCUGCGCCGAGUAAAACCCCGGGAAUUCUCUCCAGUGCGGAACGUGGACCGAAGUCAAAAGAGCCGUUUCCAAGUUUUACUCGGCGCAGUUAUGAGGCUAAGUCUGACUCGACUCGUCCCCUGACUCUCAAAACCGAUUGGUUAAAACCAACGCGAUGUUUUUUUUUACCACACCUCCAUGUCCAGAUAAGGACAUUUUUGUGUUACUAUCAACAUAGUCCAUUUUAAAAAGCCUCCCUUUGUAACACACACAAAUUGUAUAUAUGUAACAUAAAAGUAAUAACUUUGACACAAAAUUUGGGAACCAGCAGCACAAAAAGUGCAUUACAUUUUUGGCAGAUGCUCUUAGCCAGAGCGACGUACAGUUGAUUUAGACUAAGCAGGAGACAAUCCUCCCCUGGAGCAAUGCAGGGUUAAGGGCCUUGCUCAAGGGCCCCAACAACUGUGUGGAUUUUAUGGUGGCUACACCGGGGAUCGAACCGCCGACCUUGUCCCAGUCAUGUACCUUAACCACUACUCUACAGGCCGUCCUUUUAGAGAAUUUACAGAAUUCAUCUCAAGCCAGUACAAAUGUUAUGUAGGACUUACAAUCUUGUGACUGACACCAUGCAGCAUGAGCUGAGCUUGUGUUGUGAGAUCUGUCCUUUUUU